GAGUGUUGGAUGACCGACCCCAUCUGCACCUCCGUGGUGAUUGCCUUCUGGCAGCGCGUGCUCUGCAGGGCGGCCGGAGGCGACGCCGACGACUUCGACGCGGCCGCCGCGGCCGACCUCGUCAUGGAGUACUUCCCCCUGAAGGCCGACCGCAGCCUGCCCGGGGCCCUGCUCACGACCAUGAGCAGGUGCGGCUGGACGCGCAGGACCACCGUCCCGAAGGCCGCCGAGCCCGCGAGGAAGUCCUGCGAGGCGGCGCCGCAGGCGCCGUCGAAGCCAGU